AUGGACUUGAGCGUUCGAGGUGGUAAAGUAUCAGUGGGCGAUGGAUCCGGAAUGGGUUCAGAGUCGUCUGGUGCCGAAUGGAUUGUGUGGAUGUUGGGUGGGCCGAACGAUAGUGCUGAACGCCAUCUGUGCCGUCUAAUUCGAUGUAUCGAAUCGUUUCUUCAUCCACUACAUGAUGGAGGUCAUACCCUAACCUUACAGCUGUUUCUUGCGGCACUGGUCAACGAAAUGGUCAGACGUGUUCGUAUGGAACGCGUUCGAAAUAAAACCAAACAUAAGGUUCCCAAAUGGAUGCGAUUAACAGACAGCCAAAUCGAGUCAUUCGUAACAAUUCUGUUACCGUCGGUAACUUAUUCAGCCUUUUCGACGGUUGAAACCUCACUGCCAUCCAACAUACUCAGAUUUCUCGCCUUUCUGGCACCACACCUUGUGCUACCUCAAGUCAUUGAUUUUGUAUAUCCAUCAUUUUCAAAUACCACCGAACCGAAUCGCCUCAAACAAUCGCUGGAAUGUUUGGCUGAGGUUUGUGUACCGUUGAUCAGAGAUGAUGGCAAACGUUUCUAUGCGAAUUUCAAUAAAUGCUCUCAUAAUUGGAUCAACGAAAUGCGGAAUGAUAACAUGGAUAGUAUGGAGGCUUUAAUGUUUACCGAAAGUUUGGUGCUACGUAAAAUGUGGAAGAGUCACCCUCCAAAAGACUCAAUACGCUCUGUGCAGUUACAAAGGAAUGCUCCAGGAAGAGAGCCGUUACGAUAUCAUGCGAUCGUACUGCUGGACUGUUUGGUUUCUGCCAUCGAUAUCAACGAUAUCGUGAAGUUAUCGCUAGCUUUCAGGAUAAUCGAAACAUUCUUUGCGCUCAUUCCCGUUGUGGAUUGUUCUGAAGCACUCAGAAUGGAGAGCUAUGAAACAUUGAGUGAAGAUGAUAAAAACUUAUGCAUUCUAACAGCAGCCUUACCGAAAAUCGUCACUAAGUUGAUGGACCGUGUGUUCACGCUUAUAACGCAACUGGGAACUGCGGUACCAAAAGAUUCAACUACAUGCUUGGAUUCGAUAUGUGACGUUUCGGCAGCUCAAGCAGGUUAUGGCGGUGAGGAUGAGCUGCUCGUAAACAUUCGUAUACAGUCGGCAUUUCGAUCGCUUCUCAACAAUUCAUCAUCUGCAAUUGUCGAGUUGAUUGCUGAACAAAUCUACAAUUUCGUGCGUACGAUGCAAACCGAAAAUGCGAUUGCCGCAGAUGCGAUGUGUGCACUGGUUCAGGAAUGUACUUAUGCGAAUCCUGCUAAGUAUACGCCACUCUAUUUGAAACAUGUCAUGGAAAACUUGAAAGAGCUGAACUGCGAGGAGAAACAGCAUUUAGAAGUGUUAGACGCUGCAACAAUGUGGUUUAUCUAUCUAGGAAUGGUGCUUUUCUCAGUUCCAAGUCAAAUUAUUUUGAAAUAUAAGACCGAAUGCAUACAACUACACAAGAUGGCAAUAUCAAUGCAUUGCUUGAAUGCUUACCAGGGUGCGUGUUGGUCAUUGACGAAUGUACUCACUCAGUUGACAGAAGUUUAUCCGUUGAGUGAGAAUGAUCAACAAAUGGAGCUGAACAAACCUCUGAAAGAAUCACUGAUAAUUGAGUCAGUUUUAAAAAUACCAAAACCAUUACACUUACAGAAGUGGGGAGCUGGAGUUGUUAAAGAUACCGUUAAAAUGAGAUGGCAUGUUCCGGAUGUGGACGAACUUUGUUUUGCUGAGCAAUUGAUCGAUGAAUUUGUUUUUAAGGAGAUUUUGGUGUUACAAACACCCGAAAAAAUGGAUAAAAAGGCAAUCAAACGAUCGCUGUAUAUUGUUGAAAAGUUGCUGUUUUGUGUCGGAAAACGUCUACCAAAUUUCACCACUCCAAUUAUCAAACUCUCACGAACCGAAAUCCCAACCGAGCCACAGAUUCUAUCUGCAAUGUCACCACAAAAGAAAACAUUUUCGUUUCAUGGAGAGAAUGUAAGGGAACGAGUUCGACAAACAAUGCAUGAUUUAAUUGUUCAUGUUUUACGGCUGCAUGAUGAUCAAGCAAAGAUUCUCGAAAAAAUCCCUGCAAUUCUGCAUUUGCUAACGACUAGAGGAUCCCAGUGCCGGUUCCGUGAAAAACCAGAAACCUCGUCGCCCAGCUACGAGGAUCCGAUUCGAGGGAAACGAGUGGAGCUUUACAGGAACUUUGAGGAACGUGUAUUCGCCUUACAGAAAGAAAUUCGACCUCGAAGUGACAAGUUCACGACGUCGCAUUUGGAAAUAUUGAAAGAUUUGGUCUUAUUAGGAACCAACUCAUUCACUGAGGUGCGUAUCGCAUCACAAACCGUACUCAUUCGUAUUUUAUCCAAGUUUCCCAAUGCUAAAGCUCAAAUUGUAAAAGACAUCACGAAAUAUCUUGACCCUUCCACAAAAGCUUGUCAUGAAGAAAUCAAGGGUGCACUCUAUAUGUUGAUCAAGGGUGGAUUUGUGGUGUCGAGUGCACCAUCUGUACGAUGUAGAUGUUGGUUGGCAAUCGCUAAAAUCGCCUACUCUGAGAAGCCGUCAAUAAUUAAACUCGUCGAACGAGCCUAUUCAUUGAUAUCUGACAAACUACGUGAGUGCGCUCAGCAAUUAAUCGAUGCGGAUGCACGAAACAGUGAAGCAUUCAUCGAGUUCCAGAAAAAGAUUCCGAAAACGGACGUCGAAUUUUUGCAAAAAACAAAAGUGACAUUCAAUGAAAGACAAACGAAAAAACAAAAGAAGACUGCAACGCUACGACACGAGUUGGUUAUGACUUGCCUGAAUAAAGGACAAUUUUAUCAUUGGCGUAACGUUGAUUGUGCCAGAUCAUUUCUGUACACUUUGCACAGGAAUGAUUUUGAUGUGGCUGCACUGAAGGUGUUUCUUCAAAUGUUGACCGAUGUUCGCUCAUUAUGGCGACAAUGUGCUGCGGACUGUUUGACUGGUUGGAUGGCGUGGAAUAAGCCGAAAUCCAUUCGAGAUCCACAAGGUGUGCACGGAUGUGGUCCUCGUCUGGACAAUCUCUGUGUCGUAUACGACGAGAAAAAAUUGCCAGUUGAUGAUGACACUUGGAAUGGAACAGUUUUCGUGUCGAAACCUCAUUGGGGUUCAUAUCAGUGGCCAAAGUCAGUCAAAUCUUUCACUGAAGAGCACUGCAUGAACUUAAGUUUCUGUUUCUGA